GACGACGAGCAUUAAAAACGUAUGACUUUUCAGGGAAUUUUUGAAAAACUCAAUUUUUAGUAGAAAAUUUUCAACGUUGGCGAGUAGUUGUGAGCGCACGUCAUUUUAAGUUAAAUCUCCGGUGAGAUUUUUGAUUUGAAAAAAAAAGUUUUUUUUCUUAUAUAGCAGAGAGUUUAGGCAAAAGGCAUAACAAGUAAAAAAAAACAACAACUCUGUAUGUUAAAACUCUUUUAAAGAGGCUUUAACCACAAACUGAAAGUAAAAUAUUAAAACAACCUUAAAUUAGUGAAAAAAGAAACAUUAACUUUAUAAUAUUACAAAUUUUAAAUAAAACAAGAAAAAACUAAACAAAACCUAAACAAAGAAUAAAAAUCCCCCCAAAAAAAACUUGGUCCUUACCAAGUGCUGUGCAAGUGUCUGGUAAAAAUAAAAAAACGCUAACACCACAAAUAAACUAUUACAUAUUUUUUAUAUCCCCCGGUGUGUUAAUUAAAUUUCGCCACCAUUACCCACUAUUACCACCCAAUUCAACAACAGCAACAGCCCAUUGAGGACGUUUGUGCUGUUGGUGAAUCGGUGGACUCAAUGAUGGCCUUGCCCAUGAAUUCUUUAUAUUCCCUUACCUGGGGUGACUAUGGCACCUCAUUGGUAUCGGCCAUACAAUUGCUGCGUUGUCAUGGCGAUCUAGUGGAUUGUACUUUGGCAGCCGGUGGUCGUAGUUUUCCCGCCCACAAGAUUGUCCUGUGUGCUGCUUCACCAUUUCUACUGGAUUUGCUAAAGAACACUCCCUGCAAACAUCCAGUAGUUAUGUUGGCCGGUGUCAAUGCCAAUGACUUGGAGGCUCUGCUCGAGUUUGUCUAUCGUGGUGAGGUGAGCGUUGAUCACGCUCAAUUACCCUCACUUUUGCAGGCAGCUCAAUGUUUGAACAUACAAGGAUUGGCGCCACAAACUGUGACCAAAGAUGACUACACGCACUCGAUACAAUUGCAGCAUAUGAUACCACAACAUCACCAUGAACAAGACCAACUGAUUGCGACCAUUGCCACUGCACCUCAACAAACCGUACACGCUCAAGUUGUUGAUGAUAUACACCAGGCUGGACAAAUCUUACAGACUACGACACAGACAAAUGCGGCUACCGGACAACAACAAACGAUUUUGACCACUGAUGCUACCAAGGAUGUUAUACAACAAUAUUUACCGGCACGCAAACGUAAACCCAGAGUUAAGAAAAUGUCACCUACGGCUCCGAAAAUCAGCAAAGUUGAAGGCAUGGAAACGAUUAUCAGCACUCCCACUUCUUCGCACACGGCCACUACUGUUCAAACCAAUCAACAGCAACAGGUUCAACAACAACAACAGCAGCAACAACAACAGGCCCAACAGCAGCAGCAGCAACAGGUACAGCAACAACAGGUUCAACAGCAACAACAAAUUGAAAACGGCACGGAAACGCAAAUAAUCACCUCGACACCCAUCAUUAAGAGUGAAGUGACAAAGGUGGAGACGAUUGUUAAUAUGGAUCCGAAUGGCAGCGGUGAUGUAACCAUGGUAACGCCUAGCAAACCCGGAAAACGUACGAAGAAUACCAGUGGUGAAAAACCCCGCUCCAGAUCCCAAUCCGAACAACCGGCCACCUGUCCCAUCUGUUAUGCUGUCAUCCGUCAAUCUCGUAACUUGCGUCGUCACUUGGAACUGAGACAUUUUGCCAAACCCGGUGUUAAAAAGGAAAAGAAAAGUAAGUCUGGCGCUGCCAAUACAAGUGCAACUGACUCCGAUAACGGUACAACACUGCUAGCCUCCUCUACACUAAACAGUGAUACUAGCACCCUUUUAGAUACUUCACAACAUACGGGUGUUGUGGUCACAGCAACGGCGGCUCCUCUAACCACCACCAGCACGGUAGCUACACCAAUACUAGUGAGUAGUGCAGCCUUAAAUGUGGGCGGUACAAUAACACAAAUACCCAUGAAACAAGAACCGGGUGGUGGUGGUGGUGGUUGUAUAGUGGGUACCGCCAAUGCUCAACCCUUGACAGUGACACAAAAUCAAAUGCAAAAUGUUAUACAUAUAGUGAGUGAGGAGGUUUAUCAGCAACAGCAACAACAACAACAGCAGCAACAACAACAACAGCAACAGCAGCAACAAUCCAACGAUAUGAUCUGCGGCUCCGAGGGUAGUACGGUGGACAACGGAGUCGAGGUCGUAGCGGCAACAACAACAGCAGCAGCAGUAACAACAACAGCAACGUCAACAGCCAAUGAAACGAACAGCAAUAACAACAUCAGCAGUAGUAGUAGCAACAGACAACAACAUAACACUGUCAUAAGUGGCAAUGAGGUAUUAAGUGUUAGUACCGCCGAUUUAGCACAAAUGGUUAGUGGUAGUCAUGGUGGCAAUGUACAAAUAAGAUCAGCACAACCUUUAACUCGGGCCACCCGACGCAUGCUAAGAGGUCAUACAACGCACAAUGCAGCUGGGGAAAGGGUGUUAUUGAUUAAUUACAUUUCACCCAAUUCCUCUAAUAAUAAUACACAAGUGCAAACUACAAAUGCUACCAUUAUACAACCCAGUAAUACGAAUAACAACAACAACGCGACCACCACUACCACCAGAAGGGUUAUACAAACUAGAGGAGGUAUACAUCAUGCCAACAGUGGUAAUAAUACGCAUACGUCUAACACCUCUAGUACAACAACUACUACAGCUACACCAGUCUCAUUGGCCGGACUCGGCUCUGAAGUUACAGUCACACUGAAACGAUCAAAUAAAACAUCUCAUAACGCAGGUCAUAUUAUAAGGCAACAUCAGCAACAACAUCAAACAACUACCCACUCAAAUACUAUACAGGCAACUAGCAGCAGUUCUACUAUACAUCAGCAUUCACAAUCUCCGCCACCUUUAGUGUUUACAACACACGCAGCUCAGGAGCUGGAACAUCAUGAGCUGCAUGAAGUCGAAGAAAUUGAGGAACAAACGGAGCAUCAACAACAAUUACAGCAAAGUCAACAGCAUCAUCAUCAACAACAACAGCAGCAGCAGCAACAUCAAGUUAUUAUACAUCAUCAUGGUGCGGGCAGUCAGGGGGAACAACAUGAGGAAAUACAAUAUCAUCAUCAAAGCCAACAACAGCAACAACAACAACAUCAUCAUUAUCAAACAUCAGUACCCCAUCUCAUGUCCAUACAAACACAAACACAAGCCACUUCAGCCGAUAUGGAUGAUGAUGAACUAUUAGAGUACAGCACCAGUAAUGUAGAUCAAGUUGUAGAGGCUGCCAUGGCUGUGGAUGAUGCUGAAGAUGUGGAAGAAGUAGUAGAGACACAUCAUAUACAACAAUUGCAUACAGUGCAAUUGCAAAGUCAUCAACAGACUGAAUGUCUGGAAGAUGAUGAGGGUGAAGUAGAGGAAGUAUAUUUGCAAUAAAGAGAAGAAUGGUAUGUGCAGUUUUUUUAAGUGUAAAAAGUAUUUUUUUUUUUCUAGACAUAAGUUAGUUAAUAAGUUAAAAAAAUAAGUUUUUAUUUUGAAAUUCUAUAAAAAAACUAAAUCAUUUAGUUUAACAAAAUCUUAAACUUUUAUAGAAUCAUAGAAAACAAACAGAAAAUUUAAACUAAAAACCAGCUUUUCUUUUGAUUAUAAAUUAGCAAAGAGUUGUGACUCGAAAAUAAUAAACUAAUUUGUAAAAUGAUCUUGCCCUUUAGAUUCUGUUUACAUUGAAUUUCUAAUGAAAUUCGCUAAUUAUGAAGAAGACCUUAAUUUAAGAUCGAAAAUAUGUUUUGCUUAUUUCGUUGUCUUAUAUCUCGAAAACUAAAGCCGACUCGAAAAAUCCAAUAACAGUUUUCAAAUCAGCAGACUUUAGUUACUAUAUAAAGAGAUUAUUUUUCCAAAUUUUUGAUACAGUGGGAUGAAAUAAGGCAAAUUUUAACAAUUUUUUUUUUGAAAAUUGGAAAAAUAUUAAAAAAAUUUUAAUUUUUUAUUUCUGUCUGUAACUCAAAAACCAAAGCCGACUCGAAAAAACUAAUAACAUUUUUGAAAUCAGCACACGUUAACUUCUAAAUAUAUAUAUUAUUUUUUCCAAAUUUUUCACACAGUGGUUGGAAAUAAGGCAAAUUUUAACAACUAUUUUUGAAAAAAAAAAAUUUGGAAUUUUUUAGUUUUUAUGUCUAUAUCUUAAAAACUAAAGCCGACUCGAAGAAACAAUUAACUUUUUUCAAAUCAGCAGUCCUUGAUUACUAUAUAUAGAGAUUAUUUUUUUCAAAAUUUUUCACACAGUGGGUUGAAAUAAGGCAAAUUUUAACAAAUAUUUUUGAAAAUAGAAAAAAAAUAAAAAAAAUUAAUUUUUUAUUUCUGUCUGUAACUCAAAAACUAAGCCGUCUGCAGACAUUAAUUACUAAGCGUAGAUAUUACUUUUCCAAAUUUCUCACACAGUGGGUUGAAAUAAGGCAAAUUUUAACAACAAUUUUU